AUCAAAUAUCACUGAUACAUAUCCUGAUUUUUUUUAACUAAUCAGUAUUAUACAGAGACAAAAAGAGAAAGAGAUCUAGAGAAAAUAAGUAACAGAGCUCAUACUGUUGAAUACUUCAUUCUGGAAAUAAAAUAGUUCUACAAAUUAUAAAAUACUAAACAAAAAAGAACAAAACAUUAAAUUUGUAUACAAAUAUGCAAGUGUUCAGUACAAUUGUCAUUCAGUUUAUUUUGCUUCUAUACACUACCAAUUAUGUCAUAUCACUUAAAUGUUAUCAAUGUAAUUCACAUAAUGAUAAUGCAUGUAAUAGUAUUACUGAUUCACGAGAACGACCUAAAGAAUGUCCACCACAUCUACAAGCAUCAUGUAAAACUAUAGUUCAGAACAUAAGCUUUCGUUCGAUGUAUCAUUCAUUGCCAUACCCCUUUUGGUUCCGAAGCUAUUGUAAUUUAAACAUAAUAUUUUGCACCUUAUUUUCUACCCUAAUUCCCAGUUUUGGACUUUAUUUUUCCAAAUUAUUGUACGCUGUGGUCAGGUAAAUCACCUAUUUAUUCAUGUACCUUUUCGCAAUAAUCAGAAUUUAGAGAAUCAGAGAUUUCACAAGAAAUCAGGAUAUCGCAAUACAGUUAAUAAUGUUCCAACUGUCUUGUCUUCUCUCGUUCACGUGCCUGCCUGCCGAUCGGGUGCUAGAUUAG